AUGGCGAGCCAGAGGCUACCCUCAGGUAGACCGAUGAGUCGGGGGUCUCUAGUACCAGGGACUGGGAGACUUCCAACCGCCGUCAGACCUCCACCCACAGCCAUUAGGGUCGGAACUGGGGUAAAGCCAAGUCACAGUUUUGAUGUUUUUCUUGCAGAUCCCUGACUAACUAUCAUCACCCUUUACACACCUUCUGUAGCGUAUGGACAAACAGUGAAAGUCUGCACACCCCUUGCACAGUUAUCACAUUUCGCUGGCAUAAAAUUAAAUCUAAAAAGGGAUUCAAUUGAAAUUUUUCCCCUACUGAUCUGCACAUCCUGCGCCACAUUUUCAAAGUAAAAGAAAAAGUAUAGAAAGUGUUCUAAAAAUAUAUAAACAAAGAUGUCUUGAUGGCAUAUUUCUUCACACCUCAGAGUUAAUACUUUGUGCAAGCACCUUUGGCAGAAAAUACAGCUGAAAAUCACUUUGAAAACGAUCCUACCAACUCUGCGCAACAUAUAUCCAUUGUUUUUGUCAGAAUUUCUCAAGCUCAGUAAAUUUAGUUGAGAAUUAUUGAUGGACAGCAAUAUUCAAACCUUGUCUCUGAUUUCUAAGCAGAUUUACAGUGCAUUCUGAAAAUAUUCAGACCCCUUGACUUUUCCCACAUUUUGUUACAUUACAGCCUUAUUCUGAAAUGGAUUAAAUAAAACAUUUUCCUCAUCAAUCUACACACAAUACCCCAUAAUGACAAAGCGAAAACAGGUUUUUCAAAAUGUACAUAAGUAUUCAGACCGUUUGCUAUGACACUUGAAAUUGAGCUCGGGUGCAUCCUGUUUCCAAUGAUCAUCCUUGAGAUGUUUCUACAACUUGAUUGCAGUCCACCUGUGGUAAAUUCAAUUGAUUGGACAGGAUUUGGAAAGGCACACACCUGUCUGUAUAAGGUCCCACAGUUGACAGUGCAUGUCAGAACAAAAACCAAGCCAUGAGGUCGAAGGAAUUCUCCGUAGAGCUCCAAGACAGGAUUGUGUCGAUGCACAGAUCUGGGGAAGGGUACCCAAAGAAAUGUGCAGCAUUGAAGGUCCCCAAGAACACAGUGGCCUCCAUCAUUCUUCAAUGGAAGAAGUUUGGAACCACCAAGACUCUUCCUAGAGCUGAAGCAUGGUGGUGGCAGCAUCAUGCUGUGGGGAUGUUUUUCAGCGGCAGUGACUGGGAGACUAGUCAGGAUCGAGGGAAAGAUGAACAGAGCAAAGUACAGAGAGAUCCUUGAUGAAAACCUGCUCCAGAGUGCUCACGACCUCAGACUGGGGUGAAGGUUCACCUUCCAACAGGACAACGACCCUAAGCACACAGCCAAGACAACGCAGGAGUGGCUUCGGGACAAGUCUCUGAAUGUCCUUGAGUGGCCCAGCCAGAGCCCGGACUUGAACCCGAUCGAACAUCUCUGGAGAGACUUGAAAAUAGCUGUGCAGCGACGCUCCACAUCCAACCUGACAGAGCAUGAGAGGAUCUGCAGAGAAGAAUGGGAGAAACUCCCCAAAUACAGGUGUGCCAAGCUUGUAGCGUCAUACCCAAGAAGACUCAAGGCUGUAAUCGCUGCCAAAGGUGCUUCAACAAAGUACUGAGUAAAUGGUCUGAAUACUUCUGUAAAUGUGAUAUUCCCGUUUUUUAUUUUUAAUACAUUUGCAAACAUUUCUAAAAACCUGUUUUUGCUUUGUCAUUAUGGGGUAUUGUGUGUAGAUUGAUGAUGGGGGGAAACGAUUGAAUCCAUUUUAGAAUAAGGCUGUAACGUAACAAUGUGGAAAAAGUCAAGGGGUCUGGAUACUUUCCGAAUGCACUGUAAGUCAGGACUGAGACUGGACCCCUCAGGAACACUGAAUACCUCUUGAAAGCCAUUCUGGUGUGUCUUAAGCAUUAACAUUUAAGUAAUUGCCCCGCUGAAAAAUACAACUAUAUCCCAGGGUUAGGUAUUCUGGGGCCGGUUGCACUAGUUGGUGUCCGAAUUUACACCUGUUGCACCAACCAAAAAUACGACUAGUUGGCGUAAGCAAUGUGCGUUCAUGAUUUGAUACUUCAUAAUGAUGGUUGCUAGGCAAAUCAAAUCAAAUUUUGCGCCCCCCGUUACUAGGCUGUUACAAUCCUCGUGGCAGUUCUAAAGUUUACGACGAGGCAUGUUCCAUCACUUCGUAAAGCCUUUUCUAGUUUGUUUAAAGUGGAAUCUAAGCAGCAUUUCUAUAUUGAAUAAUGUGUCCUUGUCUUGUGUGUAAUGUGUAGAUGGUGCCGGGUACUGGGCGUCCUGGAACCAAAGGAGGAGCCCUAGGGACCUCUGGCGUUCUCUCUGCUCAAAUCAAAGUGGCCGACCGGCCAGUCACCCAGCAGGGCCUGAGCGGCAUGAAGACUGGCAUGAAGGGUACAGUAGUACCUGUAGUAAUAACCUGUAAUAAUAACCUGUAGUAUUCACCUGUAGUAAUAACCUGUAAUAAUAACCUGUAGUAUUCACCUGUAAUAAUAACCUGUAGUAUUCACAUGUAAUAAUAACCUGUAGUAUUCACCUGUAAUAAUAACCUGUAGUAUUCACCUGUAAUAAUAACCUGUAGUAUUCACCUGUAAUAAUAACCUGUAGUAUUCACCUGUAGUAAUAACCUGUAAUAAUAACCUGUAGUAUUCACCUGUAAUAAUAACCUGUAGUAUUCACCUGUAAUAAUAACCUGUAGUAUUCACAUGUAAUAAUAACCUGUAGUAUUCACAUGUAAUAAUAACCUGUAGUAUUCACCUGUAAUAAUAACCUGUAGUAUUCACCUGUAAUAAUAACCUGUAGUAUUCACCUGUAAUAAUAACCUGUAGUAUUCACCUGUAAUAAUAACCUGUAGUAUUCACCAGUAAUAAUAACCUGUAGUAUUCACCUGUAAUAAUAACCUGUAGUAUUCACCUGUAAUAAUAACCUGUAGUAUUCACCUGUAAUAAUAACCUGUAGUAUUCACCUGUAAUAAUAACCUGUAGUAUUCACCUGUAAUAAUAACCUGUAGUAUUCACCUGUAAUAAUAACCUGUAGUAUUCACCUGUAAUAAUAACCUGUAGUAUUCACCUGUAAUAAUAACCUGUAGUAUUUACCUGUAAUAAUAACCUGUAGUAUUCACCUGUAAUAAUAACCUGUAGUAUUCACCUGUAAUAAUAACCUGUAAUAUUCACCUGUAGUAUUCACCUGUAAUAAUCACCUGUAAUAAUAACCUGUAGUAUUCACCUGUAAUAAUAACCUGUAGUAUUCACCUGUAAUAAUAACCUGUAAUAUUCACCUGUAAUAAUAACCUGUAGUAUUCACCUGUAUUAUUACAUUUUACAUUUACAUUUUAGUCAUUUAGCAGAUGCGCUUAUCCAGAGCGACUUACAGUUAGUGAGUGCAUACAUUAUUUUAUUACAUUUUUUCAUACUGGCCCCCCGUGGGAAUCAAACCCACAACCCUGGCGUUGCAAACGCCAUGUUCUACCAACUGAGCUACAUCCCUGCCGGCCAUUCCCUACCCUACCCUGGACGACGCUGGGCCAAUUGUGCACCGCCCCAUUAUUCAGCUGUAAUAUUCACCUGUAUUAUUCAGCUGUAAUAGUCACCUGUAUUAUUCAGCUGUAAUAGUCACCUGUAUUAUUCAGCUGUAAUAGUUACCUGUAUUAUUCAGCUGUAAUAGUCACCUGUAUUAUUCAUCUGUAUUAUUCACCUGUAUUAUUCACCUGUAAUAGUCACCUGUAUUAUUCACCUGUAUUAUUUACCUGUAUUAUUCACCUGUAAUAGUCACCUGUAUUAUUCACCUGUAAUAGUCACCUGUAAUAGUCACCUGUAUUAUUCACCUGUAAAAUGUACCUGUAUUAUUCAGCUGUAUUAUUCACCUGUAAAAGUAACCUGUAUUAUUUACCUGUAUUGUUCAGCUGUAUUAUUCACCUGUAUUAUUCACCUGUAAUAGUCACCUGUAUUAUUCACCUGUAUUAUUUACCUGUAUUAUUCACCUGUAAUAGUCACCUGUAUUAUUCACCUGUAAUAGUCACCUGUAAUAGUCACCUGUAUUAUUCACCUGUAAAAUGUACCUGUAUUAUUCAGCUGUAUUAUUCACCUGUAAAAGUAACCUGUAUUAUUUACCUGUAUUGUUCAGCUGUAUUAUUCACCUGUAUUAUUCAGCUGUAAUAGUCACCUGUAAUAGUUACCUGUAAUAGUCACCUGUAUUAUUCACCUGUAUUAUUCACCUGUAUUAUUCACCUGUAAUAGUCACCUGUAUUAUUCACCUGUAAUAGUCACCUGUAUUAUUCAGCUGCAUUAUUCACCUGUAUUAUUCAGCUGUAAUAUUCAGCUGUAUUAUUCACCUGUUAUAGUCACCUGUAUUAUUCAGCUGCAUUAUUCACCUGUAUUAUUCAGCUGUAAUAGUCACCUGUAUUAUUCAGCUGUAUUAUUCACCUGUAAUAGUCACCUGUAUUAUUCAGCUGUAUUAUUCACCUGUAAUAGUCACCUGUAUUAUUCAGCUGCAUUAUUCACCUGUAUUAUUCAGCUGUAAUAGUCACCUGUAUUAUUCAGCUGUAUUAUUCACCUGUAAUAGUCACCUGUAUUAUUCAGCUGUAUUAUUCACCUGUAAUAGUCACCUGUAUUAUUCAGCUGUAUUAUUCACCUGUAAUAGUCACCUGUAUUAUUCAGCUGCAUUAUUCAGCUGUAAUAUUCACAUGUAAUAUUUACCUGUAUUAUUCAGCUGUAUUAUUCACCUGUAAUAUUUACCUGUAUUAUUCAGCUGUAAUAUUCUCCUGUAAUAGUUACCUGUAUUAUUCACCUGUAUUAUUCACCUGUAUUAUUCAGCUGUAAUAUUCUCCUGUAUUAUUCACCUGUAAUAUACACUGAGUGGACAGAACAUUAUAUUGGAUUGCACCCCCUUUUGCCCUCAGAACAGCCUCAAUUCGUCAGGGCAUCGACUCUACAUGUUGUCGAAAGCAUUCCACAGGGAUGCUGGCCCAUGUUGACUCCAAUGCUUCCCACUGUUGUGUCAAGUUGGCUGGAUGUCCUUUGGGUGGUGGACCAUUCUUGAUACACGGGAAACUGUUGAGUGUGAAAAACCUAGCAACGUUGCAGUUCUUGACACACAAACUGUUGCGCCUGGCACCUAAUACCAUACCCCUUUCAAAGUCACUUAAAUCUUUUGUCUUGCCCAUUCACCCUCUGAAUGGCACACAUACACAAUCCAUGUCUCAGUUGUCUCCAGGCUUAAAAAUCCUUCUUUAACCUGUCUCCUCCCCUUCACCUACCCUGAUUGAAGUGGAAUUAACAAGUGACAUCAAUAAGGGAUCAUAGCUUUCACCUGGACUCAGGCAUCAAUAAGGGAUCAUAGCUUUCACCUGGACUCAGACAUCAAUAAGGGAUCUUAGCUUUCACCUGGACUCACCUGAUCAGUCUAUGUCAUGGAAAGAGCAGGUGUUCUUAAUGUUUUGUACACUCAUUGUAUUCACCAGUCAAAUCUGUCCUCAGACAUCACUCCCCAAAAUAUGUUCUUCACUCCCUCUCUGUUAAAAUAUAUACAUUCAACUGUUUAGGACCUCCAUAUAAAACACAACUUAAUGAGGUGAUUUUGGUAUCGGAAGUUGUAUUGCACACUAAUUAUUUUCUGUCUGUCUGUCAUGACGUGAGAUUUCUCUCUUAUUUUCCAGGACCUCAGAGGCAGAUUCUGGAUAAAUCCUACUACCUUGGCCUCCUCAGGUAAGGCAUAGCAGAACAUGUAGCUCCACGCGGUCUAUACUGUAUCUUCCUGUGCUUAUCUGUUCACAACAGUGAACAUGGUCUUCAAUGUAUCUCAACAGGAGUAAGAUCAAUGAACUGACGACAGAGACCAGCAAACUGCAGAAGGAGAUCGACAACUUCAAUCAGGAGAACUCUGUUUACCUCUCCUAUGAGAAAAGGUAAGGUCAUCGGCUAGGAAAUACAUAGUGAACAAAUAGGCUUUCAGUAGUUUUUUUAUAGACAACUCAGAGACACUUUUAGUUUUUUAUCAUCAAUUGGUUCUCAUGUUCUCAUCAUCCAAGGUGUAUGUGGGCUCCCGAGUGGCGCAGCGGUCUAAGGCACUGCAUCUCAGUGCUUGAGGCGUCACUACAGACCCCCCUGGUUCGAUUCCAGGCUGUAUCACAACCGGCCGUGAUUGGGAGUCCCAUAGGGCGGCGCACAAUUGGCCCAGCGUCGUCCGGGUUUGGCCGGUGUAGGCCGUCAUUGUAAAUAAGAAUUUGUUCUUAAUAAUAAUAAUAUGCCAUUUAGCAGAUGCUUUUAUCCAAAGCGACUUACAGUCAUGUGCGCAUACAUUUUUUACGUAUGGGUGUAUCCCGGGGAUUGAACCCACUACCCUGGCGUUACAAGCGCCAUGCUCUACCAAUUGAGCUACAGAGGACCACUUAACUGACUUGCCUAGUUAAAUAAAGGUUGAAUAAAUAACAAAUGUGGAUGGUCUCUAAUGGUCCGGUUGUUGUAUCCCCUGCAGAGCAGAAGGACUUGCUGGUGAACUGAAGGAUUUACAGGGACAGCUGGCAGAUUACAAUAUGGUAAGGGACAUAUGAAGAAGAUAUUAUAUUAUUAUUAACUACGAGUUGAUGAGUUAUAUGGAUCACAUUAGGAUGUACUAAUACCGCUGUUACCUUUUUGAAUUUCAGCUAGUUGACAAGUUGAACACCAACACUGAGAUGGAGGAAGUCAUAAAUGACUUCAAUAUGGUGAUUAGUUUUGAUCAUUUAGCGUACUGUUUUGUACAUUCAUUAUCUACAAGAUAGGAUACGUUUAUUCAUUCAGUCCUAACCCUAACUGUUUGCACACUAUGUUUGUGUAGCUGAAAGCACAGAACGACAGAGAGGCUCAAAGCAUGGAUGUCAUAUUCACAGAAAGACGGGAGUAAGUACUCAAAUAUUUAUUUAAUAUGACAAAACGUUGACUACCUACACCAGGGGUCUCCAACACUACCUACACCAGGGGUCUCCAACACUACCUACACCAGGGGUCUCCAACACUACCUACACCAGGGGUCUCCAACACUACCUACACCAGGGGUCUCCAACACUACCUACACCAGGGGUCUCCAACACUACCUACACCAGGGGUCUCCAACACUACCUACACCAGGGGUCUCCAACCUUUCUACCUACACCAGGGGUCUCCAACACUACCUACACCAGGGGUCUCCAACACUACCUACACCAGGGGUCUCCAACACUACCUAUAUAAUAUAUAUAUAAUAUGCCAUUUAGCAGACGCUUUUAUCCAAAGCGACUUACAGUCAUGCGUGCAUACAUUUUUUUGUGUAUGGGUGGUCCCGGGGAUCGAACCCACUACCCUGGCGUUACAAGCGCCGUGCUCUACCAGCUGAGCUACAGAGGACCACACCAGGGGUCUCCAACACUACCUACACCAGGGGUCUCCAACCUUUUCUAGCGUGAGAGCUACUUAAAAAACAUGUUGCGAGCUACUCAUUAUUUUCUAGCUUUUUCAAGUAGUAACAUUGUUCUCUUAAUAAUAAUAAUAAUAAUAAUAAUAAUAAUAAUAUGCCAUUUAGCAGACGCUUUUAUCCAAAGCGACUUACAGUCAUGCGUGCAUACAUUUUUACGUAUGGGUGGUCCCGGGGAUCGAACCCACUACCCUUGGCGUUACAAGCGCCGUGCUCUACCAGCUGAGCUACAGAGGCCCUCUUCUCCUCUCCCCUGCCACUCUUCCCCGUGUCCUUAGUGUACAAGAGAAAGUACUGUUUUCUGUCAAUAUACCUGGUACAGUAAUGGUUAAUAGACAACUCUUAAGGGGGCCCUAUAAAAUUGAGAUUUUUUUUCCCCAAAUUAUGUUUUAUUUUCCCCAAAGUAUGUUUUCAUUGGUAUGAGAUUAGUUCUUUUUUUUUUUUCACUUUCAAAAUUAGAAUUGUUCAUAGAGAAACAACAAAAUUGGAUUUUCUGAGUCCAUGUCAAUGUUUAAAUCACAUUUUUAGGUCUGGAAGAAAACGAUCAAAUAGAUUUUUUAGUAUAAUUCCCCUUUAAUUGCGCGUCUAGUGUGUGAGGAAUGUGCCUUCUAACAUGCCGGUCUAGUGAUGGUUCUGUACUGAUGCUACUCAUUUCACGGCAAAGUUGGGAUAAUGUCAAUGUUGCGUUGAUUAGAUAGUAGCUGGGAGCUUGCGGUGUCUGAUACUUGUGAUAUUUGUUUAUGACAGUUUGCGGUGGAACACGUGAAAAUUGCAUGUACUUUAAGAAUUGUUUGGCGAGCUACACAUAAGUGGCCUGCAAACUACUGGUAGCUAGCGAUCUACCUGUUGGAGACCCCUGACCUCCACUAUGUUUGACCUGUUGGAGACCCCUGACCUCCACUAUGUUUGACCUGUUGGAGACCCCUGACCUCCACUAUGUUUGACCUGUUGGAGACCCCUGACCUCCACUAUGUUUGACCUGUUGGAGACCCCUGACCUCCACUAUGUUUGACCUGUUGGAGACCGCUGACCUCCACUAUGAAAGACCUGUUGGAGACCCCUGACCUCCACUAUGUUUGACCUGUUGGAGACCCCUGACCUCCACUAUGUUUGACCUGUUGGAGACCGCUGACCUCCACUAUGUUUGACCUGUUGGAGACCCCUGACCUCCACUAUGAAAGACCUGUUGGAGACCGCUGACCUCCACUAUGUUUGACCUGUUGGAGACCCCUGACCUCCACUAUGUUUGACCUGUUGGAGACCCCUGACCUCCACUAUGUUUGACCUGUUGGAGACCCCUGACACAAACAAAAGACUGGGAGCAGCUCAACUUCUGCUGCAGCAGCCUCCAUGCUGGGUCCCUCAAUACUAGCCUGGCCUCCAGGCUGGGUCCCUCAAUACUAGCCUGGCCUCCACGCUGUUCCCUCAAUACUAGCCUGGCCUCCACGCUGUUCCCUCAAUACUAGCCUGGCUUCCAUGCUGGGUCCCUCAAUACUAGCCUGGCCUCCAUGCUGGGUCCCUCAAUACUAGCCUGGCCUCCACGCUGGGUCCCUCAAUACUAGCCUGGCCUCCACGCUGGGUCCCUCAAUACUAGCCUGGCAUCCAUGCUGGGUCCCUCAAUACUAGCCUGGCCUCCACGCUGGGUCCCUCAAUACUAGCCUGGCCUUCACACUGGGUCCCUCAAUACUAGCCUGGCCUCCACGCUGGGUCCCUCAAUACUAGCCUGGCCUUCACACUGGGUCCCUCAAUACUAGCCUGGCCUUCACACUGGGUCCCUCAAUACUAGCCUGGCCUCCACGCUGGGUCCCUCAAUACUAGCCUGGCCUUCACACUGGGUCCCUCAAUACUAGCCUGGCCUUCACACUGGGUCCCUCAAUACUAGCCUGGCCUCCACGCUGGGUCCCUCAAUACUAGCCUGGCCUCAGAUCUUUUUGUGCUGUCUGGCCAACUCCUCAUGCGCCAAUGACCAGAGGAGUUGGCCAGACAGUACAGACAGCACAGACCAGGCUACCUCCAUGGUGGGUCCAACAGGGUUCCGUGUUGUCUUUGUAGUCCCCAGGCUCAAUGUAGCGGUCCUUUAUGUAUCCAUCCUCCUCCUCCUCCUCAUCAUCCUACCCAUCCAGCCUGUGGUCCAGCUCAUGGGCGCUGGUCUCCGUCUGAGUAGCGUCCUGUAGUGAACACGUUAACAUCCUCCUCCUCUCUCAGCCGCUUGGUGCCGGUAGUUGAACAGCAGCUUGUACCAGGACUGGGUCUUGACGGCAUACACGAUGAACAUAGAGGUGGUCAGGGCGAUGGCUACCACACCCAGGAGAAACUUCCAGGCGUUCCGCAGCACUGGCAUCCCACUGCCACUGACUGGGGGAGGGACAGGAGCAAACAGACAGCCAGGGAUCACAUACUUUAGAAUACUCCUAUGUGGUCUCCUUAGUAUACAGUAAUCCCCCCCUAAUCCAUACAUCAUUGGCCCCCUCGUACAUUGACAUUUUGGUCAUUUAGCAGACGCUCCUAUUCAGAGCUACUUACAGUCAGUUGUCGUGACGUGACUUUCAUUAAUAUGAUGACUGUUAUUUAUCGAAUCAACUAACUAUGUUUUAAUUGUUACUCAGUUAAAUUAAUCAUGUAACAAUUAGGAAUAUUGUUCCAGUGUUUACUUUUUGUCUUCUGGAGACAAAGCACAUUCCUUUCACCAUACUAGAGGGCCAGAGAUGAUCCCCCUCUCUAAUUUAUGGCAGAGUGUUAAGGUGUCAAGACCGGCACAGCCCCCUCCCCUCUUCUGUGGGUAAGAGGGUCUGGUUGUUGUCAGCCAUUUGCCAAGCUGAUCUGAGGCCUUUGAUCCUCACCCAGGAGAGUCAUGACACAGCGCAUUCACAGGAUUAGUAGCUGUACUGUCGUUUAGCCAUCUAGGGCGGCAGGUAGCUUAGUGGUUAAGAGCGUUGUGCCAGUACCCGAAAGGUUGCUGGUUCUAAUCCCGAGCCGACUAGGUGAAAAAUCUGUCGAUGUGCCCUUGAGCAAGGCACUUAACCCUAAUUGCUCCUGUAAGUCGCUCUGGAUAAGAGCGUCUGCUAAAUGACUAAAAUGUAAAUGUAAAUGGUUUUGAAGAACUGUCUAUGACCUGCUCUAGUGUAGAUGAUUGUGUCUGUCUGCUGACUGACCACGAGAGUUUACAAACUUUCUUACCCUCUUCUGAAGUCUCCUCGGGAUAUGGGCCUCCUCAUACCACAGUGUUAAUAGAGUCAAUAAGACUCCUGUCUCAGGGUAGCAGUGCUGAUCUGGGAUCAGGUUACUCUGUGUCCGUGUAAUCUUACUCAUUAUGUCCCUCUCCUCAACCACUGUGUUAUAUAGUCUAGUCAUUAACACCUUCUCAUACCACUGUGUUAUAUAGUCUAGUCAUUAACACCUCCUCAUACCACUGUGUUACAUAGUCUAGUCAUUAACACCUCCUCAUACCACAGUGUUACAUAGUCUAGUCAUUAACACCUCCUCAUACCACUGUUAUAUAGUCUAGUCAUUAACACCUCAUCAUACCACUGUGUUACAUAGUCUAGUCAUUAACACCUCCUCAUACCACUGUGUUACAUAGUCUAGUCAUUAACACCUCCUCAUACCACUGUGUUAUAUAGUCUAGUCAUUAACACCUCCUCAUACCACUGUGUUAUAUAGUCUAGUCAUUAACACCUCCUCAUACCACAGUGUUAUAUAGUCUAGUCAUUAACACCUCCUCAUACCACAGUGUUACAUAGUCUAGUCAUUAACACCUCCUCAUACCACAGUGUUAUAUAGUCUAGUCAUUAACACCUCCUCAUACCACUGUGUUAUAUAGUCUAGUCAUUAACACCUCCUCAUACCACUGUGUUAUAUAGUCUAGUCAUUAACACCUCCUCAUACCACUGUGUUAUAUAGUCUAGUCAUUAACACCUCCUCAUACCACAGUGUUAUAUAGUCUAGUCAUUAACACCUCCUCAUACCACUGUGUUAUAUAGUCUAGUAAUUAACACCUCCUCAUACCACUGUGUUACAUAGUCUAGUCAUUAACAUCUUCUCAUACCACUGUGUUAUAUAGUCUAGUCAUUAACACCUCCUCAUACCACUGUGUUAUAUAGUCUAGUCAUUAACACCUCCUCAUACCACUGUGUUAUAUAGUCUAGUCAUUAACACCUCCUCAUACCACUGUGUUAUAUAGUCUAGUCAUUAACACCUCCUCAUACCACUGUGUUACAUAGUCUAGUCAUUAACACCUCCUCAUACCACUGUGUUAUAUAGUCUAGUCAUUAACACCUCCUCAUACCACUGUGUUAUAUAGUCUAGUCAUUAACACCUCCUCAUACCACUGUGUUAUAAAGUCUAGUCAUUAACACCUCCUCAUACCACUGUGUUAUAUAGUCUAGUCAUUAACACCUCCUCAUACCACUGUGUUAUAUAGUCUAGUCAUUAACACCUCCUCAUACCACUGUGUUAUAUAGUCUAGUCAUUAACACCUCCUCAUACCACUGUGUUAUAUAGUCUAGUCAUUAACACCUCCUCAUACCACUGUGUUAUAUAGUCUAGUCAUUAACACCUCCUCAUACCACUGUGUUAUAUAGUCUAGUCAUUAACAUCUUCUCAUACCACUGUGAGGACAUGAUCCUAACUCUGGUUUCUAUAGGAAGGAGGACAUGAUCCUAACUCUGGUUUCUAUAGGAAGGAGGACAUGAUCCUAACUCUGGUUUCUAUAGGAAGGAGGACAUGAUCCUAACUCUGGUUUCUAUAGGAAGCAGGACAUGAUCCUAACUCUGGUUUCUAUAGGAAGCAGGACAUGAUCCUAACUCUGGUUUCUAUAGGAAGGAGGACAUGAUCCUAACUCUGGUUUCUAUAGGAAGGAGGACAUGAUCCUAACUCUGGUUUCUAUAGGAAGGAGGACAUGAUCCUAACUCUGGUUUCUAUAGGAAGGAGGAGAUGAUCCUAACUCUGGUUUCUAUAGGAAGGAGGACAUGAUCCUAACUCUGGUUUCUAUAGGAAGGAGGACAUGAUCCUAACUCUGGUUUCUAUAGGAAGGAGGAGAUGAUCCUAACUCUGGUUUCUAUAGGAAGGAGGAUAUGAUCCUAACUCUGGUUUCUAUAGGAAGGAGGACAUGAUCCUAACUCUGGUUUCUAUAGGAAGGAGGAGAUGAUCCUAACUCUGGUUUCUAUAGGAAGGAGGACAUGAUCCUAACUCUGGUUUCUAUAGGAAGGAGGACAUGAUCCUAACUCUGGUUUCUAUAGGAAGGAGGACAUGAUCCUAACUCUGGUUUCUAUAGGAAGGAGGAGAUGAUCCUAACUCUGGUUUCUAUAGGAAGGAGGAGAUGAUCCGAGCGGUGGAGGAGGAGAUGGAGCGGGAGAAGCAGGCUGCUGAUGACAUCAUCAAAAAGAUGUCUCCAGAGAAACAGGACCAGUACGCUGCCAUGAAGGCCAACAACGAGGAGCUGCUACAGGUCAGUGGUGAUCUAGGAUCAGUUUGGCGUUUUAGAUCAUAAUGAAUGAGAUGUACGGUGCCUUUAGAAAGUAUUCGUACCCCUUGACUUGUUCCACAUUUUGUUGUGUUACAAUAGAUGUUAGAAUCACCUUUAGCAGCAAUUACAGCUGUGAGUCUUUCUGGGUCAGUCUCUAAAAGCUUUGCACACCUGGAUUGUAAAAUAAAAUAUAUAUAUUCUUCAAGCUCUGUCAAGUUGGUUGUUGAUCAUUGCUAGACAGCCAUUUUCAAGUCUUGCCAUAGAUUUUCAAGUAGAUUUAAGUCAAAACUGUAACUAGACCACUCAAGGAAUAUUCAAUGUCGUCUUGGUAACCAACUCCAGUGUAGAUUUGGCCUUGUGUUUUAGGUUAUUGUCCUGCUGAAAGGUGAAUUUGUCUCCCAGUGUCUGUUGGAAAGCAGACUGAACCAAGUUUUCCUCUAGGAUUUUGCCUGUGCUUAGCUGUGUUCCAUUUAUUUUGAUCCUAAAAAAAACUCCCUAGUCAUUGCUGAUGACAAGCAUACCCAUAACAUGAUGCAGCGACCACCAUGCUUGAAAUAUGAAGAGUGGUACUCAGUGAUGUGUUGUUUUGGAUUUGACCAAAACAUAAGGCUUUGUAUUAAUUUCUUUGCCACAUUUUUUUGUUUUACUUUAGUGCCAAACAAUAUGCAUGUUUUGGAAUAUUUGUAUUCUGUACAGUCUUCCUUCUUUUCACUCUGUCAUUUAGUUUAGUAUUGUGGAGUAACUACAAUGUUGUUUUCUCCUAUCACAGCCAUUAAACUCUGUAACUGUUUUAAAGUCACCAUUGGCCUCAUGGUGAAAUCCCUGAGCGGUUUCCUUCCUCUCUGGCAACUGAGUUAGGAAGGACGCCUGUACCUUCCCAGAUCAGCAGUCCUACUCUGAGACACUUUACGAACAGAGGGGAGGAUGUAACCCCCUGUGACAUGCUGUAGACUCCUAUGUCUCUUUCUUACGCCUUAGAUAGGAGUCUACAGCCAUGUCACGGGGUUAAGGGAGGACGUGAGUCGUUCAGUUAAACAAGAGACACCGGGGGUUGUUGAACCUUUGUCAUGAUAAGUUAGUGUUGUGGUGGUGAAGUCUACAUACUCUUCUCUGUAGUAGCAGUAUGCAUGGAACCGAACACUUACUGUAUCUAUACUCUCAGACAGCAGUCCUUGAUGUCAAGCGAUAACUGUUAGUAGGUAAAGCUACGUGACACACGUCCUGUCUGUUCCUCCCCCUGCUGGACAUAACGACGCCAGGUGGCCUUGUGUUGAGUAGGUGUCAGCACCAAUGACUGAUGUUUUCCUGUCUGUUCCUCCCCCUGCUGGACAUAACGACGCCAGGUGGCCUUGUGUUGAGUAGGUGUCAGCACCAAUGACUGAUGUUUUCCUGUCUGUUCCUCCCCCUGCUGGACAUAACGACGCCAGGUGGCCUUGUGUUGAGUAGGUGUCAGCACCAAUGACUGAUGUUUUCCUGUCUGUUCCUCCCCCUGCUGGACAUAACGACGCCAGGUGGCCUUGUGUUGAGUAGGUGUCAGCACCAAUGACUGAUGUUUUCCUGUCUGUUCCUCCCCCUGCUGGACAUAACGACGCCAGGUGGCCUUGUGUUGAGUAGGUGUCAGCACCAAUGACUGAUGUUUUCCUGUCUGUUCCUCCCCCUGCUGGACAUAACGACGCCAGGUGGCCUUGUGUUGAGUAGGUGUCAGCACCAAUGACUGAUGUUUUCCUGUCUGUUCCUCCCCCUGCUGGACAUAACGACGCCAGGUGGCCUUGUGUUGAGUAGGUGUCAGCACCAAUGACUGAUGUUUUCCUGUCUGUUCCUCCCCCUGCUGGACAUAACGACGCCAGGUGGCCUUGUGUUGAGUAGGUGUCAGCACCAAUGACUGAUGUUUUCCUGUCUGUUCCUCCCCCUGCUGGACAUAACGACGCCAGGUGGCCUUGUGUUGAGGAGGUGUCAGCACCAAUGACUGAUGUUUUCCUGUCUGUUCCUCCCCCUGCUGGACAUAACGACGCCAGGUGGCCUUGUGUUGAGUAGGUGUCAGCACCAAUGACUGAUGUUUUCCUGUCUGUUCCUCCCCCUGCUGGACAUAACGACGCCAGGUGGCCUUGUGUUGAGUAGGUGUCAGCACCAAUGCCUGAUGUUUUCCUGUCUGUUCCUCCCCCUGCUGGACAUAACGACGCCAGGUGGCCUUGUGUUGAGUAGGUGUCAGCACCAAUGACUGAUGUUUUCCUGUCUGUUCCUCCCCCUGCUGGACAUAACGACGCCAGGUGGCCUUGUGUUGAGUAGGUGUCAGCACCAAUGACUGAUGUUUUCCUGUCUGUUCCUCCCCCUGCUGGACAUAACGACGCCAGGUGGCCUUGUGUUGAGUAGGUGUCAGCACCAAUGACUGAUGUUUUCCUGUCUGUUCCUCCCCCUGCUGGACAUAACGACGCCAGGUGGCCUUGUGUUGAGUAGGUGUCAGCACCAAUGACUGAUGUUUUCCUGUCUGUUCCUCCCCCUGCUGGACAUAACGACGCCAGGUGGCCUUGUGUUGAGUAGGUGUCAGCACCAAUGACUGAUGUUUUCCUGUCUGUUCCUCCCCCUGCUGGACAUAACGACGCCAGGUGGCCUUGUGUUGAGUAGGUGUCAGCACCAAUGACUGAUGUUUUCCUGUCUGUUCCUCCCCCUGCUGGACAUAACGACGCCAGGUGGCCUUGUGUUGAGUAGGUGUCAGCACCAAUGACUGAUGUUUUCCUGUCUGUUCCUCCCCCUGCUGGACAUAACGACGCCAGGUGGCCUUGUGUUGAGUAGGUGUCAGCACCAAUGACUGAUGUUUUCCUGUCUGUUCCUCCCCCUGCUGGACAUAACGACGCCAGGUGGCCUUGUGUUGAGGAGGUGUCAGCACCAAUGACUGAUGUUUUCCUGUCUGUUCCUCCCCCUGCUGGACAUAACGACGCCAGGUGGCCUUGUGUUGAGUAGGUGUCAGCACCAAUGACUGAUGUUUUCCUGUCUGUUCCUCCCCCUGCUGGACAUAACGACGCCAGGUGGCCUUGUGUUGAGUAGGUGUCAGCACCAAUGACUGAUGUUUUCCUGUCUGUUCCUCCCCCUGCUGGACAUAACGACGCCAGGUGGCCUUGUGUUGAGUAGGUGUCAGCACCAAUGACUGAUGUUUUCCUGUCUGUUCCUCCCCCUGCUGGACAUAACGACGCCAGGUGGCCUUGUGUUGAGUAGGUGUCAGCACCAAUGACUGAUGUUUUCCUGUCUGUUCCUCCCCCUGCUGGACAUAACGACGCCAGGUGGCCUUGUGUUGAGUAGGUGUCAGCACCAAUGACUGAUGUUUUCCUGUCUGUCUUUAUCUCAGGAUCUGGAUGGUCGUCAGGAGGAGCUGGAUGCCCUCAUAACGCGGAAGGAGAUGUUUGAAGCGGUGAGUGGCAGUGUGCAUCCCAAAUGGCACCCUAUUCCCUUCAAAGUAUCAUAAAUAACCCCCCCCCCCCCCCCCCUCCCGACUCUACUGAUAGCUACGUUAUUGAGUAAAAAUGUACUUUCUAUGCCUGUGAUAUGUUGGUUGUCCCACCAUCUUCAGAUGAAUGCACUAACUGUAAGACGCUCUGGACAAGAGCACCCCCCUUUUGCCCUCAGAACAGCCUCAAUUCGUCAGGGCAUUGGACUCUGCAAGGUGUCGAAAGCGUUCCGCGGGGAUGCUGGCCCACGUUGACUCCAAUGCUUCCCACAGUUGUGUCAAGUUGGCUGGAUGUCCUUUGGGUGGUGGACCAUUCUUGACACACACAGGAAACUGUUGGGCGUGAAACACCCAGCAGCGUUGCAGUUCUUGACGUACUCAAACCGGUGCGCCUGGCACCUACUACCAUACCCCGUUCAAAGGCACUUAAAUAUUGUGUCUUGCCCAUUCACCCUCUGAAUGGCACACAUACACAAUCCAUGUCUCAAUUGUCUCAAGGCUUGAACAUAUUUUUUUUACCUGUCUCCUCCCCUUCAUCUACACUGAUUGAAGUGGAUUUAACAAGUGACAUCAAUAAGGGAUCAUAGCUUUCACCUGGAUUCACCUGAUCAGUCUAUGUCAUGGAAAGAGCAGGUGUUCAUAAUGUUUUGUCCACUCAGUGUUUAAAGGGAAUAGGGUGUAAUUUGGGUCACAGACACUCUGAUGUCACAGACACUCCUGUCUGUAUUAAUACCACAGCACACCCAUGACCUUCCAAACAGGCAGGGUGACGUUCAUUUGAAACAGGUCACCGCUGUGUUUCUUCAUGGGCUGAAUCAACAAGCUCACUCACUCAUGGGCUGAAUCAACAAGCUCACUCACUCAUGGGCUGAAUCAACAAGCUCACUCACUCAUGGGCUGAAUCAACAAGUUCACUCACUCAUGGGCUGAAUCAACAAGCUCACUCACUCAUGGGCUGAAUCAACAAGCUCACUCACUCAUGGGCUGAAUCAACAAGCUCACUCACUCAUGGGCUGAAUCAACAAGCUCACUCACUCAUGGGCUGAAUCAACAAGCUCACUCACUCAUGGGCUGAAUCAACAAGCUCACUCACUCAUGGGCUGAAUCAACAAGCUCACUCACUCAUGGGCUGAAUCAAAUCAAGGUUUUUAAGAGCAUGUUUGAAUGGUUAAAGAUUGGGGGCUGUAUCUAAUAAUCAUGUUCAUACAUUUCCUGAAAACCCGAAAUGUGUAUUUUACUCAGACAAAAACCGUUAGUCUGUUGUCAUCAUGGUUGUAUUUAAACCAGGGUAGAUGUCACUGGUGCCAUAGAAGGAGCCAGGGCCUUCCACUAAACAGGUAGUUAGACUGACUCAAUCCCUUCUGUCCUGUGUGAUGUCUGCAGGUUAGACUGACUCAAUCCCUUCUGUCCUGUGUGAUGUCUGCAGGAGCUCUAUCACUCCCAGGUGAAACAGGAAGCUGUGUCACUACAUGAGAAGCUUCAGGAGCUGGAGCUGAGGAGGGACGCCAUGGUGGCAGAGGACAAGAGCAUGGGAUCGCCCCAGGAGGAGAGGGACAGGCUGUUUAAACAGGUGAGGAGAGGGACAGGCUGUUUUAAACAGGUUAGGAGAGGGACAGGCUGUUUAAACAGGUGAGGAGAGGGACAGGCUGUUUAAACAGGUGAGGAGAGGGACAGGCUGUUUAAACAGGUGAGGAGAGGGACAGUCUGCUUAAACAGGUGAGGAGAGGGACAGGCUGUUUAAACAGGUGAGGAGAGGGACAGGCUGUUUUAAACAGGUGAGGAGAGGGACAGGCUGUUUAAACAGGUGAGGAGAGGGACAGGCUGUUUAAACAGGUGAGGAGAGGGACAGGCUGUUUUAAACAGGUGAGGAGAGGGACAGGCUAUUUAAACAGGUGAGGAGAGGGACAGGCUGUUUAAACAGGUGAGGAGAGGGACAGGCUGUUUAAACAGGUGAGGAGAGGGACAGGCUGUUUAAACAGGUGAGGAGAGGGACAGGCUGUUUAAACAGGUGAGGAGAGGGACAGGCUGUUUAAACAGGUGAGGAGAGGGACAGGCUGUUUAAACAGGUGAGGAGAGGGACAGGCUGUUUAAACAGGUGAGGAGAGGGACAGGCUGUUUAAACAGGUGAGGAGAGGGACAGGCUGUUUAAACAGGUGAGGAGAGGGACAGGCUGUUUAAACAGGUUAGGAGAGGGACAGGCUGUUUAAACAGGUGAGGAGAGGGACAGGCAGUCAUAGGUUUCUCUCUGUCUUUAAGUAAGGGUGGCAGGUAGCCUCAAGGUUAGAGUAUUGGGGCCAGUAACAGAAAGGUUGCUGGUUCGAGUCCUGGAGCCGACAAGUUGAAAAUGCUGCAGCUGUGCCUUUGAGCAAGGCACUUAACCCCAAUUACUCCAGGGGGCUGUACAUUGGUAACCCAGGCCGUGAUCUCACUCCCUGGGCGUGUCUCAUGGUGGCCACCCCCUAAAUUAUUCUGAAAUACUGGGGGACACGGGGGACGGGGGUGGAGAAGUUUGGUAAAGAGAUGUAUAUUUAAGGUCAAGUGAGUUGAAUCUGUAUGUUAUGAAUGCCCUCAACUGUCUCAUAUGCUUCAAAAUGACACCUUGUUUUGCGCUCCAGGUAAAAGAGGACAACCAAGAAACAGCAAGCAUGGAAAGACAGUACGUAUUUCUGGGAUAUUUUGAAGUCUUAUCCUAGCCAGCCAAAGUCAUAUUAGUGUUUAUAACUCUGUGAUGUUUAUUACAGGUUGACUGAGAUGCGUGAGAAGAUGAGCCUGAUCAACGAGGAUAUCCGACAGCUUGACAAUAACAUGGAGGAACACCAA